AUGACAAACAACGCUGCAGAAAGCCUUAACAACGUGACUGAAGAAUUCCGGGCAUAUCCAAUAACUACUCUAGUUGAGUUCAUAAGGUUCACACUACAAAAUUGGUUUGCUAACCGUCUGGAGAAGGCAAGUAAGUGUGUUACCCCUUUGGCAACUCAUUUUGAGGAAGAUUUGAUAAAGCAACACGAGGAUGGUAGACGUAGAAGUGUCCUACGUAACGGUGCACAAUUGUUUAAUGUUGGAAGAGGUGCUGACGGUUCUGACUUUGAAAAAGGCAGAGAUGUGAACUUAGUUGAGAGAACUUGCACUUGCGGCAUGUUCCAAUUGUUGAAAAUUCCUUGUCCCCAUGCAUGUGCUGCAGCGCUUACUCAGAAUGUCAGUGUCUACGCUCUGUCAUCCCCCUAUUACACAAAGGAGACGUGGAAGAAUACUUACGAUGCAACAAUUAAUGUUGUGGGCGAGGAGGAUGAAUGGGUGCUUCCAGAACACAUGCAGAACAUGAGAAUCGGUGUACCAGUGGAGAAGAAACCUGUAGGUCGUCCAAGAAAGAGCAAUGCAGGAAGACUACGGACUAACCGAUUUCCAUCGAACGGUCAAAAAGUCAAGGAACCACGCAAAUGUUCAAACUGUGGCGCAUUGGGACACAACAAAGCUACUUGCAAGGCCAGGGUUUGA